AUGUCGGUUCUCAGCGUAUCUGUCUCGGGGGGCCAUGAUUUCUCCAAAACUCCUGCAUCGAACAUCACCCUAGUUCAAAACUUGGGAGUCAAGGGUGAUGCUCAUUUUGGAACGCACGUACAACACCGUUCUAGGCUCCAUAUCAAGCCACCACCCCAAAACCUGCGUCAAGUCCAUCUUAUGCCCUAUGAAAUCCUCUCCGCCGUCGGCGUCCAACCUGGCCAGCUGGGUGAAAACGUUACUACAAAGGGUGUAGACCUUCUAACUCUGGGCAAGGGGACAAAACUUCGUUUUGUGGAUCGGAAUUCAUCGACUGCCAACGGUCCAGUGGUGACUGUGACGGGGCUGAGAAACCCGUGUCCUCAGAUUGACAAAUUCAGGAAUGGGUUACAGGAACACUUCGUAGUCCGGGAUGCUAACCGAGCUAUCGUUGAUCGAAAGGCUGGGAUCAUGGGAGUCGUGGAGGCUGGUGGUGAUAUUCGGCCCGGGAUGACCAUCGUUGUGGAACCGCCAGCGGUUUUUGAGAGGUUGGAAUGUUCAGUCUUCUGUCUCAUGAGGGAUGUGGGUCUUGAUAUUGAUACUUGGUUUCUUCCAAUGUCCGUUGGGCACCCAAGAGGUCCAAGGAUAAAGUCACUCCUGACCUUCCAAUCCAUGUAA